CAGCUGUCCUCGGUCGGACGAUCACCAAGCAUCGCAUCCUCCCGAUGACAAUAUUCCAUCACAUCGAGUACAUUGGAGCCCUGCCCUACGUACGCACAUGCGCGGGCCUGUUAUCUACAGCCAUACACAGCCGGAAGCGAGACGCCUGAUCCCUUCCACCUCGCCGUUGCUCUCAAAUAGGUACAUCGAACGCGUCUCCGGCUGCUCGGUCCCCGGUGGAGUCGACCGCAACGCAUCUGCACACACUCACGCCGCCGCCGCCGCCGCUGCUUCUCCUGCUAUUGCUGGUGCUGGUGCUGGUGCUGCUCCUGCUGCAUCUUCCACUCUUCUCCCAGCGCUCGCGCAUAUCAUCAUUCCUGCUGGUAAGGCACAUGGGUUGGGGCCGGCCAGUGCCACAACCCACAAGAGGCGCCCGCAUCCUGCUGUACCUCUACUGUGCACAUUAUUCCCUCCUCAUAUCCAGUCGAGAAGCAGCACUUACAUAGGUACCUGACUGUCUGACCACACUCACUCGCCCACUCACUCACUCACUCACUCACUCACAUACACCCACUCACCCACCCACAUACAUAUGCACCUCCGCCAUCCCCUCCUGACUCGACCACAUCGCC